UGCUGUGGGUGGGACCAACACGGAGAAUGUAAACAAAUCCUUCAGAGCUGUUUCGUUGUUUUUAUCAGUGUUUCAUUAUUUUCUGAAGCAAACAGCUCGUCGGUGAAGAAAUGAACUGUUAGUGAUGAACAGAGGUUCGGAGAAGAAUCGUCACUUCGACUGAAAAUGAUAUACCAUAUUCCAUGGAUCUACACACCGGCACGGACUUUCCUUGCCAUCUGGCACCAGCUGACCAAAACCCCGGUCCCAGAGCUGGCCAAUUGCUCUGUGCUGAUGAGGGAGCGCGGCAGAGUGGAGGAGACCAUCCGCGCCAUCCAGCGAGCAGGUGCCGGCAGCCUGCAGGUAAUCGCAGACUUCGACAUGACGCUGACCAGAUUUGCUCACAACGGCAAGAGAGUGCCCACCAGCCACAACAUCCUGGACAGCCACUUACUGAUCAAUGAAGACUGCACUAGAAAGAUGAGGCAGCUUUUGAACACCUACUAUCCCAUAGAGAUUGAUGCAGGUCUGAGUGUUGAAGAGAAGCUGCCACUCAUGGUGGAGUGGUGGACCAAAGUUCACGAGCUGCUGAUUCAGCAGAGGAUCCGAAAGGACAUGCUCGCCCAGGCUGUGAAGGAAUCCAGUGCUAUGCUCAGGGACGGCUACAAGGUGUUUUUUGAGCGUCUGGCAGAGCAGCAGGUUCCUCUGUUGAUCCUCUCGGCCGGUGUCGGAGACGUCCUGGAGGAAGUGAUCCGACAGAACCACGUUUUCCAUCCUAACGUCCACGUCGUCUCUAACUACAUGGACUUUGACCAAACUGGCGUCCUUCAAGCCUUCAAAGGUCAACUCAUCCACACGUUCAACAAGAGGGAAGGUGCUCUGUCGCACGCCGCCGGACUCAGGGAGCUGCAGGGUCGACCCAACGUGCUGCUGCUGGGAGACUCUCUGGGAGACCUGACCAUGGCUGAUGGGGUGUCCGAGCCCCAGAACGUCCUGACCAUCGGCUUCCUGAAUGACCAGGUAGAAGAGAGGAAAGAGUCGUACAUCAACUCCUUUGACAUCGUGCUGGUGAAAGACGAGACGAUGGAUGUUCCGAAUGCCAUCCUCAGAUAUAUUAGUUCAUGGAGAGACAAGUGAGACACACAGACGGACAUAUUUACUCCAUUUACAGUGUUGGAAGCUAGACAAUCGCACAUUAUGAUCCUUACUUACCUCAAACGAGACCUCAGAACUGACCUUUUCACUCCUGUCUCCACUGAAGUGGAUAAUGGUGCAGAUCACUUUGUUACACUAACCGGUUUUUACUUGAAUUUGCUUAAAAACACCAACCCAGUCCAAAUGUUCAAAAUAUUGAAAAUAGGUCUUUAAUUUUUGUUUUACUUUUUAGAAUUUAUGAUUGACUGUGUUUUGCAGCCAAAUUAGAUUUACUGUCUUUGUAGGCUACAACUUUUGCUUCUUUGCGUUCUUUCCUGCUGUUUACUUUAAAUGUCAGAAUAGAACCAGUGGGACCGGAAUGGACAAAUUAUAUUAUUUUAAAUAGAUAAAGUAUAUCCUGCCAUCCUUCCCUCUGAAAACUAAUCAUCAACCUCCCAAAACUCUCAGAACAGAUAUUUUCACAGUGUAUUUGUAAUUGCCUGUCCUCUUUAGCUCAAAAUACUAAUUAUUACCUUGUUGUUUAACUGUAUGAGGGUUUUUAAUAUCAUUGCGUACAAAGACAGAAAGUGUGUAUGAACCUGUCUCUAUACAAGUUUAAUGCUUCAUACUAACAACAGUUUUGGUGAAUUUUGUGUGUUCUGUGUUUUACCACUGUGUACACUUAAUGCUCCAGGCUAUUGUCACUUUACUUGCAGGGGAUUCUGGGCCAUUAGUGUCAUGCUGUAGGGCUCAAAGACCUAUGAAAAAAUGGGUGUACUUCCCCAUUAGAUUUAACUUAACAAAAACUGUAUGAAUAUUAAAUGUGCAUCUUUAUAAAUGUUUUUCAACCGUAUGUUGUCAAGAAUAUACAGUGUAUGUAUGUGAUGAUUUCAAGUUACAAGUCACAGAAGAACUGAAACCACAUUUGUUUUCUUACAUUUUAAUUCACGUGACAUCAGGAAAAUUAAAAGGUGCUUGUUCAGUUUUUUAAAAAUACAACUCUCAAACAAAAACACUCAUACAACACAAAACUCUGCAAAAAGAGCAUUUGCACUUUGUUCUUUUCAUUUCAAAAACUGUCCAACAUUAAAACCUGUUUGGGAAAAGUC